AUGUACUAUUUCGUAACUAUGUUAGCUUUAUGUCUACUUUGCUAUUCAUCAACAACAUAUGGAAGACGUCUUAAAGAUUCAUAUCAUAUGUUAAUCAGUAGUCGGGAAGCUAGUGCAAGUCAAAGUUCCUCAUUUCAUGGUAUGAAUGCAAAGGAAAAAGAAAUAUUUACACUUAUUAAUAAUUAUCGUCAACAAUAUGGUUUACCAACACUUCAAGCAUCAGCUAAUCUUGCUUAUGUUGCUCAUACACAUGCUGUUGAUGUUGUUAAAAAUAGUCCAGCUGUUAAUGGUGGGAAUGCGCAUAGCUGGAGUAAUAAAGGAAACUGGAAACCAGUUAUAUACACACCUGAUCAUAGACAAGCACAAUUGAUGUGGAGUAAACCAUCGGAAAUAAGUAAUUACAAAUAUUAUGGAUUUGAAAUAGCAUAUGGAUUUGGGGAUUAUAGAGAUAGAGGCAGGACUGUUGAUCCAGUACAAAGUGUUAACGCUUGGAAAAACAGUCCAGCACAUAAGGAUGUUAUAAUUCAGCGAGGUGCUUUUCAAAAUAUGCCUAUGAAAGCCAUGGGUGUUGGUAUUUACAAAGGAUUUGCAUGUGUAUGGUUUGGUCAAUAUUUGGAUACAUUUCCACCUCCUGAAUAA